CGCGCGCACAUGCCGGCGGAAGAUCUCACGUGAACAAACUCGAAUUUCCGCUUGAUUCAGCGAGCUCAAGUUUGCAGUCGAAAUGUAGACACCGAAACGAGGAGAGGUGCGCGCAUCAUCAGCGCUCUGAGAAGAAACGGAGGCAGCCGAAAAGUCCUGCAGCUCCGGAGAUUUCCCUGAAGGAUUUUGUGUCGACCUUCGAAGCCAAUAGUCACUACCGUACUAUGCAGUCGAGGACCAAAUGUCGGGAACCUCGCCCAGUGGUGGUCAACGUCAUGCAGGAACACCACAGCGACAGCGUGAAUUACCUCCCACGAUGUACAAUACUUCACAGGUGUGAUGCGGAGGCUGGCUGCUGCGAGAGGGGUCGAUCUUGUGCAUGGAACACUCGGGAGCAUGUGGACCUCUAUUUCUACGCCAUCCCGACGGAUACUAACCGUACGGAGAAUCAAAUAGUGAAACUCAUUUUCACGAAUCAUACUUCUUGUGCGUGCAAGGAGGACGUCGAAUUCAACGAGGUAGAGGAUGAAAAGAAUUCCGAGGAUCUGACCGGACAAGACGAUGACGACGAGGAGAUAGGCUCGAAGCCCUGCCCACCGCCAUUCUCGCGACGCGUCUUGAGUGAACUCCAGCAAACUUGUGACUGCUUUGACGGAGAAGAUGAGUGCAUUCGCAUCAAGAUGGGAUCUCGCAGGCUUGAUCCAGCCGAUAAAUGGGAGCUCACGAAUGCUGUCCGUCGAGGAGAAUACGAUCCCCCAGCGUGCUACACGGGAUCUUUCGAAACUCAGACCGGUCUCUGCCCUCGAGCCUGUAAAGAAGGGUCUGUUUACAACCUUCGUAAGAGGCGAUGCGUUGAGAACCACAGAACAAAAAGGAGACGUUUCGGACGCAAUCACUCACGGCGUCAUCUAGCUCCGAGUCGACACUCAGAGCGAAAGUGAAGAUUCUCGGUUAUAACGACCGUGGGUUGAUCCAUUUCACUAUUCUCAGGAACAAUCUCGAAACCCCCGGUGUCCGU